GCGAUUGGUUGAAGUCCGUGGGGAGGUUUGAGACUUAAGUACCGACCGUAACAGACACCCGACAACAGUUGCGACCAGCAUCUCGAUCUGUUUGUUCCCUGAUCUUUACUGAAGUUUUUUGUGGUUUCUUUGCCAGUCAAAUGGACCAGAAACAAGGUAACCAGCCCGAAUAUCCCCAGCAGGGGUGCGAUGGAGGGCACGCUUCGCUACCGGGGUAUGUUGCACAACCGGGGUAUGCUGUACAACCACAGCAAGGCCACAGCUACAACCACUCUGCAGUCAUUGUUACUCAGCCAGUAGCCGCCAUUCCAGUGGUACACAGUGUGCCAGACAACAUGGGCUUGGCUGUCUUCGCCACAAUCUGCUGCUGUUGGCCGAUAGGAAUUUUUGCCAUCAUGAAGGCAUCCGAGUCCCGCACAGCCUUAGCAUCCGGGGACUUCCAACGAGCUCAGACCUUAAGCCAGCAGUCUCGCCGCUUCGCCCUGUUUUCCAUCCUCGGUGGAAUUGGCUCAGUCAUCAUUGUCAUCAUCUCAGUUGUUGUGAGGAUCAACAACAGAAGUAGUUACUACUACAAUAGUUACUGACGACGUCAGAGCUUUUCGGACCGGCAAAUCCUGUUCCUGGAGGAGCGUGUGGUUGCUAAGGAACCGGAUAUAAGACUGUCUCACACCCGGCAGCUGGCGAAGAAAGACUUUUAUGCAAGACGCACACAUUUUUUGCACUUUGUAGCAGAUAGACAUGAUACCCGUGAGCACGUGCGUGUGUGCGAUUUGUUGCACACCCAUUGACUUUUGUGACAAUGUAGACGAAAAUGAUUAGAAUUAUGGAUUAGACGAGCUUUUAACAAAUUGUUGUUUACUGUUUUGUUGUUGUUGAUCUUUUAGAGAAUACUGUGCAAACUCUGACCGUCGACUUAUUUCAUCCUUUUCCUGUCUUUCGGAGAAUACAUCUUUCAUUCUGACAUAUAUAACCCGGUGAUAAAAGACUGAUGCUAAAUUCAGUUGAAGCAAAGUAUUUUGUUAAAAUAUUAAUAAAUGUUCUAUCUGUCCAUCAUCUAGUUUUAUUCCCGUCUACAAUUCUCGCCACCCUACACUUUCGAAAAUUAAUGUCUUUCUUCAACAAGCACUUUUGACUGUAAAAAGAAAAACUGAUAUCUGAUCACAUGCUGACAUAUUUUAAAUAAAAGAUGUCAAACACUUCUGAAAGUCGUCAAUUAUUAGGGUAGAAGAGAGGGUGGAAAUAUAUUCCUGACUGAGAUAUCUUUUUUCAUGCCCUGAAUGCUUACCUGAACAGGUUUAUCAUCUCCAGAGGAAAAUGAUACAAACAACAUACAAAUUCUAUGACCGAAAAGACAAAUUCCUUGCUUGAUUGCAGUAGUGUCCAGCUGUUGAAUGGGUACCUGACACUUUUUGAUUUUGGGAAAGGCAGG